UGGAGGGGGUGGUGCUGGGCCCGCGUCGCCGGCCUGGGGGGGCGGGGACCUGUGCGGGCGGAGGGCGGCGGAGGGGAUGGGUCUGGGGCGGACGCGUCCCCGGGCAUGCACCGCGGCCGCGGGCCGGAUGAGACGGGUGACGGCGGGUGACAGCGGGCGGGUCGGCGGGCGGCGCCGCGUUCACGCCCUCCGCUCGGCCGGGCCGGGAGGGCCCUCGGACUCGGGACGCGCCGGGCCGGGCGGGCUGAGGCGCGCGGCUCGGACGCGGCCAUGCAGGGCCCGCUCGCUUGGCCGCUGCGGCUGCUCAGGUGGCGAAGCCCGGCCGCCCACACGUGGACGCUGGGCGCCGGCGGCCCGGGGCCCCGGCCUCCGCUGAUGGGCCUGUGGCCGGCGCGGCCUUGGGGCGCGGGGCCGGGGCUCCUCCGGGAUGCCGGCGCCGCGCGAGGCCCGCGUCGCUGGACUAGCGGCUGCCCGGGCGGGGGUCCCCGCGGCCCCGGCGGUGGAGCAGGCCUUGCGCGGCUCCUGGGGCAGUGGGCGCGUCCCCCCGGCGCCAGCAGGUGUGGGGCCCUUGCGGGACCCGACGCUCCCCGGCUCCGGCGCGCGGGGCUCCGGGGCGGACCGGCAGUCGCAGCCCGGGGCGGGGGCGAGGCCCGGCAGCCCGGGUCGGCGUUGCCUGCGGCCGCGGCGCCUCCCGGAGACGACUCGCGGCUGCGCCCGGCCGCGGCCAGGCGCUCGGAGGCCCAGAAGCUCUUGGGGCUGGCGUAUCCGGAGCGCGGCAGGCUGGCAGCUGCAGUUGGGUUUCUGGCUGUGUCCAGUGUCAUCACCAUGUCCGCUCCCUUCUUCCUGGGGAAGAUCAUCGAUGUCAUUUACACAGACCCCACUGUGGACUCCAGCCAUAGCCUGACCCACCUCUGCCUGGUGCUCAGCGGCGUGUUCCUGUGCGGUGCUGCUGCCAACGCUGUUCGUGUCUACCUCAUGCAGACUUCAGGUCAGCGCAUUGUGAAUAGGUUGAGAACCUCCUUAUUCUCCUCUGUUCUGCGGCAAGAGGUUGCUUUCUUUGACAAGACUCGCACUGGAGAAUUGAUUAACCGCCUUUCCUCAGACACCGCGCUCCUCGGGCGUUCGGUGACCGAAAACCUCUCAGAUGGGCUCAGGGCGGGGGCCCAGGCUUCUGUUGGCAUUGGCAUGAUGUUUUUUGUCUCACCUAGUCUGGCCACUUUUGUUUUGAGUGUGGGGCCUCCAGUAUCCAUCCUUGCUGUGAUUUACGGACGUUAUCUACGGAAACUAACCAAACUUACGCAGGAUUCCCUGGCACAAGCCACUCAGCUAGCUGAGGAACGUAUUGGAAAUAUAAGAACUGUUCGAGCUUUUGGGAAAGAAAUGACUGAAAUAGAGAAAUACGCUGGCAAAAUGGACCACGUGAUGCAGUUAGCAAGGAAAGAAGCAUUUGCUCGGGCUUUCUUCUUUGGAGCAACAGGGCUCUCCGGGAACCUGAUUGUGCUUUCUGUCCUCUACAAAGGAGGGCUGCUGAUGGGCAGUGCCCAGAUGACCGUGGGUGAACUCUCAUCCUUCCUACUGUAUGCUUUCUGGGUUGGAGUGAGCAUUGGAGGUCUAAGCUCUUUCUACUCGGAGCUGAUGAAAGGGCUGGGUGCUGGGGGACGCCUCUGGGAGCUUCUUGAGAGAGAGCCUGAGCUGCCUUUUAAUGAAGGGGUCGUUUUAAACCAGGAGAGCUUCCAGGGCACUUUGGAGUUUAGGAAUGUGCACUUCAGCUAUCCAGCUCGCCCGGAGGUGCCCAUAUUCCAGGAUUUCAGCCUCUCCAUCCCAUCAGCAUCGGUCACGGCGCUGGUUGGCCCAAGUGGUUCUGGCAAAUCAACAGUGGUGUCCCUUCUGCUGAGGUUGUAUGACCCCGUUUCUGGAACUAUCAGUCUCGAUGGCCAUGAUAUCCGUCAGCUAAAUCCAGUCUGGCUGAGAUCCAAGAUUGGGACAGUGAGUCAGGAACCAAUUUUGUUUUCUUGCUCUAUUGCUGAGAACAUUGCUUACGGUGCAGACGACCCCUCCUCAGUGACGGCCGAGCAGAUAGAGAGAGUGGCUGAUGUAGCUAACGCAGGUGCUUUCAUCCGAGACUUCCCCCAGGGAUUCAACACUGUGGUUGGAGAAAAGGGCGUUCUCCUUUCAGGUGGGCAGAAACAACGGAUUGCGAUUGCCCGUGCUCUGCUUAAGAAUCCCAAAAUUCUUCUCCUCGAUGAAGCAACCAGUGCCCUGGAUGCUGAAAAUGAGCACCUAGUGCAAGAAGCUCUCGACCGGCUCAUGGCGGGAAGAACAGUGUUAAUCAUUGCCCACCGUCUGUCCACCAUUAAGAAUGCCAACACGGUGGCUGUUCUCGACCAAGGAAAGAUUACAGAAUGCGGGAAGCAUGAGGAACUGCUUGCAAAACCAGAUGGGAUAUACCGAAAAUUAAUGAACAAACAGAGGCUUGUUCCAGCAUAAAGGAGCAAUGAUCGAUAACGUGAACAUGAGAGACUUUAGAGCAAAACAUCGUUGCAGGAAAAAAAAACUUAGGGAUGGUAUCUGAUCUGUAAAUCAUACUUCAGGUUAUUUAAAAUACGCCUAUUUUUUCCAAGGUGGGGAAAAUAUUGUUUUGAGAUGUACCUGUUCUCAAUACCUUUUUAUUCAGAGUUUUAAUAAUUGUGACUUUCUAAAUGUCUAUAGCACUGAAAUUAUCUUCAGGUUUUUUACUUUCUUUUAUCCUGGAAUACCUUAAUUAAUAUAACAUGGCACCUCAUUUUAUUUUUUUUUACCGGCUCUUACAGAUUGAAGUUAUUGUCAAAUGACAGCUUUUAAAAGGGGGUUGUAAGUAAAAAGCCUACAUUGUUUUAGGUGAUUUGCCAAUCAGUCUGUAAUUCUCUUGGUAGUAUUUACCUGCAUUGUGUCUGAUUUUACUAUAAGAUGAAAUCUUCCCUUUUUUAAAUUCUGAUAAUCUCUUGAAGGGAACCUGAAAUACAGACAUACAGGAAUAGUUAGUGUCACAUGGAGAGAAAGGAACAUCUAUAUUCCCCAUCUCCUGUAUCUUCAGGGGUAUGAGACCUUAGAAAUGUGUGUUCCUCUGGAAGGAGACUGUGUUUGGAUGUGUGUGGUUUUCAGUAUUUUUAGCACAUGAAAGCCUGAUCAGUUUUAAAAAGGGAAGAGGCCCAUCCUUUGAAUAUAGAAACUUCUAUUUUAAUUAUUCACACAUUUGUUACUUUGGAAAGCCAGGCAUGAACUGCUAGGUAUUAACAAGAGGUAAAAAUGAAUUUUUUGAUGCCUUUUUCUUGCCUUUUAUGUGAAGGCCUGUAUUUUGAAGAUUAUCUUUUAAAAAUUCAUAAUUUCUAGCCAAAUUUUAGGUCUUAUCAGUUAAAUACUUUUGAAAUUUCAUUCAAUGAGGCAAAAAACGUAAAUAACUGUAAUUUUAACCUUAAAACAUUUGAAGAAAGUUUAGUUCUUCCUAUUCUAUGGAAUAUCAAGAAACUCUCAGAACUUGUACUCUUCUGAAAAAAGGACAAUAACCCUUUUUAUUUAUGGCUAUAGUUGUUUCACUCAAAUGCCUCAGAAUUCUGAAAGCAAUGCUGAUAACUAUUAGAUUUGCCAUACUUCAAAUCAGUGCUGUUAAUUUGCUCUGCCUCAAGAAAAAGUGCUUUUUUCUUACAUUGAUAAUGCCAGAACUUAAGAAAUAACUAUGUUGAUGUAAUUAAAAUAGAAGUUUGUCCAUGUCCUAAGUAUUGAUGAGUUCACUGAUUAUUUCAUGACAAGCGUGUCAUAUUAUAAUUCAUUCUACGUAAGGGAAUUUAUUAUUGAAUAAAAUGAACUCAGUGAGUGAAUGAACUCCAUGUUCUUUGUAUUAGGAAACAAUACAUCUGUGACAAUCAUUUUAACAAGCUUUACUUUUAUUCUUUAUACAAUUUGCUAAUAUGGUGUGGUUUUCAGAAAGCAGACAAAACAAUUACAAGGCUACAUCUGAGGGAAAUCUCUUUGUGCCAUAGAAGUAUUUACAAAAUUGAAUUUGAUCAUUAUAUUUUAUUUUAUAAUACAAGAUGUUCAAUUGUGUCUUUAGGGAACAUUUUUUAUCCUGGAUUAAAAUUUAUAGUGAACUUCA